UAAGUGGGUUUCCUGUGGCGCGAUGUAAAAUGGCGGCUGGAAGCGUUCGGGAUUUGUUUGGAGGCUCGAUGCGAAUUUUCAUUCCUCCCGAAGCCAAAGAUGUGAGUGAAAUCCGUGAAGUUCCUGACAACCAAGAAGUAUUUUGCCAUCCUUCGACUGACCAAAGUAUUAUGAUUGACAUUCUUGAAUAUCAGGAGCAUGUCCAGAAUGAAGAAGCCAUAAAGUACCACUUUGAAGACAUUGCACAAUGCAAUCAAAGUCUCAAUGCUUUCGAGGUUGCAAGAACAGAAUCUAUUUCCAUUGACAAGCUAUCAUUAAAACAGUGCUCUUGUGCCUGGCGGCUCAAAGGGAAACAGUUUGUAUCAAAAUUCAAUGAGGAAGAAGAGGCCAAAAAUAUAAUUGAGAUUUCUMUUGCCUUACUCCGUCUUCCCCAGUAUUCUACAGAUAUAUUAGUGGUAUUCAAUAAUCCCAUUACGAUCAGUCCACAAAGCAGCAGUUGUGGUAGCASUGAAGGARCCUCAAGCUGGACAGAAGAAACGUUUUAUUUUUGUGUUACAAGUCUUUCACUUGWGAAUCCUGACUUAUUGUCUGGCUAGAACGAUAGAAUUUUAAAACAAAAUUAUAAUAUGCUGAAGUAUCAUGAAUUUAGGAGAAGAAAUAUGAUGAGUUUGAAGUGUAAA